AAAUAGUAAGAGGGAGAGGGAGAGAGAGAGAGAGCGCUCAACAACAACAAAACAUUAAAGAAGAUGAAGCUUCUGGGUCUGAUAAUAUUUCUAGCGAUCGUGAUCCAACAAAGCUAUUGGGAGCUAGGAGCUGAUGCGUUUUCGAGCGACGGGUUCGUGAGGACGAAAGGAGUUCAGUUUAGUCUCAAUGGCUAUCCUUAUUACGCCAAUGGCUUCAAUGCCUAUUGGCUCAUGUACGUUGCCUCCGAUCCAUCCCAAAGGUCUAAGAUCUCCGCCGCAUUUCAAGAAGCUUCUCGCCAUGGUCUGACCGUUGCUCGAACCUGGGCUUUCAGCGACGGCGGUUACAGGCCUCUCCAGUAUACCCCUGGCUCUUACAAUGAGGAUAUGUUUCAGGGUUUGGACUUUGCGAUAGCUGAAGCAAGAAGGCAUGGUAUAAAGGUAAUACUCAGCUUUGCCAAUAACUACGUGAGCUUUGGAGGGAAGAAGCAAUAUGUGGAUUGGGCUAGAAGUCGAGGCCGUCCCGUAUCUUCUGAAGAUGACUUCUUCACAGACUCUCUUGUUAAAGAUUUCUACAAAAACCAUAUCAAGGCUGUGCUGAACAGAUUCAAUACCUUCACCAAAGUACAUUAUAAAGAUGACACAACCAUUAUGGCUUGGGAGCUCAUGAACGAGCCUCGCUGCCCCUCAGAUCCAACCGGACGAACCAUUCAGGCUUGGGUUACGGAAAUGGCUGCUCAUGUGAAAUCACUAGACAGAAACCAUCUGCUUGAAGCUGGCCUCGAAGGUUUCUACGGUCAGUCCUCACCCCAAAGCAAGACACUAAACCCACCUGGCCAAUUUGGAACCGAUUUCAUCGCCAAUAACCGUGUCCCCGGCAUUGAUUUCGUCACGGUCCACUCGUACCCCGACGAAUGGUUUGUAGACUCAAGCGAGCAAGCUCAAAUGGAAUUCUUAAACAAAUGGAUCGACGCACACAUACAAGACGCUCAGAACGUUCUUCAAAAACCAAUAAUUAUAGCAGAAUUUGGUAAAUCAGAGAAGAAAGCAGGAUAUUCACCUGCGCAGAGAGACAUUGUAUACAACACCGUGUACAGCAAGAUUUACGGGUCUGCGAAACGAGGAGGCGCAGCAGCAGGAGGAUUGUUCUGGCAACUUCUGGGCAACGGAAUGGAUAAUUUUCAAGAUGGCUAUGGGAUCAUACUUAGCCAACGCUCUUCUUCGACGGUUAACGUCAUUGCUCAGCAGUCGCGCAAGUUGACUCUGCUUCGGAAAAUCUUCGCUAGGAUGAUCAAUGUGGAGAAAUGGAAGAGAGCCCACCAGAGGCGAGUAAGAAAAGGAGCUCACAAAAUCCAAAACUGAAACCUAAGACUAAGACAAGUGCCUUUCUCUAAUGACGAGUUUUCAUCUUUACGAACUUUCAGUUUCGAAUCGAACCAUCUCAACUCGUCCAAGAAAGUUACAGUGAUAGUUUUUGUUUACCGUAGUAAUGAAGUCUCUUUAUUA